UUGCCUUUUUCCCGGGAAGUGGGAACUGUCUUUGAAAUCAAGGAAAAUUAGUACAAAAUCUAUUGCUACCGAUUUCAUUUUGGUGUUAAAACCAACCCGUUAUUUAUAGAAACUGAUUAAGGUUAACAAAAGGAGCUAUGGCAGGUAUGCAACCACCGAAUGUCGCAUCAAUGGGAGGUGUUCCUCAGUCGCAUCCUCAAGCGAUGCCAGGCCAGCCGACCCCGCCGACACAGGUCCCACAACAGGGUACUCAGGGGCAGCAGCCGCCGCAGCAGCAGGCUGCAGCAUCUCAUCAUCAUCAACAACAACACCAAGAACAUGAUGCCAUUGCCAAAGUGAAGAUGACUGUGGUCUUAUUGAAAGAGGCAUUGAGGAACCUUAUGAAGAUUUCUGCUCAGGCCUUUGCUCAUUCUGCCACGAUUGACAAUACAACUAAAACUUCAGAUGAGAUUGCAGCAAGAUUUGAUAAAAGCUUGGAGGAAUUCUAUUCUCUGUGUGAUCAGCUGGAGUUGUCACUUCGUCUUGCCUACGACUGCACGACCCAGUUCAUGGACGGGGCACGCUAUACCCCUGUACCGCUUGUCCAUUCCCAUAAACCAGACAUGAUGCCGACGGAAGCCCUGACCUACGGCCAAUACAUCAGUACAGUGAAGGCUCAGAUACAGUGCGCUUCCGACGUUCAUACCGCCCUCUUGGACUGCUGCCAGAAAUUAGGGCAUUCAAGCCAGACAUAACGAACUGUGAAAGCAGGCCAAUGACCAAUGAACAUUUUGUAUGUUAUAGACUUGAUGGAGCAAGGAGAAUGUGAUAUUUGAUU